AUGGACGUGUGGUCGCUGGAGGAGUUUCAAACACUGCUCACUAUCUCCAACCUCGAUGUGGAGAGAGGUGUAGCCCUCUACAAUAAAUUUGGGCCAAGCCCAAGGGUUGUUGUAGACAUUCUCCGACAAGGAACGACGGAAGAGCGGUACUUUCACGAGAUCGAAACAGGAGCCACCAUUCUUGCGCGCCAGUUCUUGGUGAUGUUUUGCAAUGCCGAAAACUUGGAUUUCAGCUCCGGUCCUUUAUCAAAGAUAUUCACUGUCAGGCCCAAAAGUUCGAAUCGGGAAAUCGCUGUUCUGUUUAUCCCGACGCCAGUUGUUGCCAGCGCCUUCGGGAUGGCUUUUUUUUUCUGGAGCGAGCCCAGCAAGAUGCCUUCUUUCGCAUGCUCCAAGGCCAUCCAUCUCUUCGCGGCGCCGUGGGAUGGCUCUUCGCGAGUUACGCCCACACCCGCUGCUCUGAUUGUGCCUCACUGCAAGCAUACUGCGCCGACGAUGACACAGACCCGCUCUUCGUUCCUAAUCCGAAAACAGGCUCCACCGUGCUCGAGGCCAUCCAACCACCUUACAGUUUCUACUGGCGACCUCGAGAACCCAAUUUCCCUGGCGUUGAUGCUGUAA